CACUUUGUCUAUAUGUGUCAGAAGACCUUUCAUUUCUUUCCUUAAACCCUUUCUCCCCCUCUGCUUCAUCUUCUUUCCAGCAAGAAAAACACACUCACACAGAGAGACUGAGAGAGAUACAGAGAGAGAUUGAGAGAUAUAGAGAGACGGAGAGAGAGAUAUAUAGAGAGAUUGAGAGAGACAGAUACAGAGAGACUGAGAGUGAGUGAGAUUGAGAGAGACUCCCUGAUAUGGACUCAGGAAGUGGGAACAGAGGAAACAAGAGGGCUUCUUACGAUGAUUCCACCAGGUCUAAAGUAAAAAAGAUGAAAUGCUUGGAUUUAAUCAUAUAUGAAAAAGUGUACAAGUUUCGGGUUCUUCUGCCAAAUGGUUUGUGUUUGUCUUUACGCGUUGAUGAGCCUGCAACCAAGAAAAUGCCUGUUGUGGUGUUUGCUGAUUUGGUGAAAGAGGAGUAUGAUAGAAUGAAAAAAUCUGACAAAAUCAGGAGGAGGAGUAUCGAUUGGGAUAGUGCUGAUUUAUGCCUUAUCGAUAUUUCCGAGAAAAGGUUUAAAGAUUUAAUCCUUUUUGAGGGUUAUGAUCCUAAUAAGGUUCACACACUGAGGCUUGAUGAUGGGUCCAAGGGAGAUGAAGUUUAUGAGAAUAUGUGGGAUUUGACACCAGAUGUUGAGUUGUUGAGGGAGCUACCUCAAGAGUAUGCCUUUGAAACUGCUCUUGCUGAUAUAAUUGACAAUUCUCUUCAAGCAAUUUGGUCCAAGAAGAAGGACCGACUGAUUAGUGUGGAUAUAAGUGAAGACAAAAUUUCCAUAUUUGACAAUGGUCCUGGCAUGGAUGCUAGUGAAGAGAACUCUAUUGUGAAAUGGGGAAAGAUGGGUUCAUCCCUGCACAGAUCAUCUAGAGGACAAGCAAUUGGUGGAAAACCUCCUUACUUAAAGCCAUUUUUUGGUAUGUUCGGGUAUGGAGGAUCUGUUUCAUCAAUGCAUCUGGGAAGACAUACUGUCAUAUCCUCUAAGACGAAAUAUUCCAAGAAAGUUUGUACAUUGUAUCUUCAGAGAGAUGCCUUACUAAGAAGUUCUGACUCAGACAAGACCUGGCAGGCGAAUGGUGGCCUAAGAGACCCUUCAAAAGAUGAAAUGAAACUAUCACCCGAUGGAAGUUUCACAAAGGUAGAAAUUUCUGAUUUGAAAAUGAAAAGUUUGGAUGUAGAUCUUCUCCGAUGCAAAUUAAAGGACAUCUAUUUUCCUUACAUACAGUGUGAUGAUUUGUCUACUUCAGGCAAGACUUUAACGCCAAUUGAGUUUCAGGUUAAUGGAAUUGAUUUAACAGAAGUAGAAGGCGGCGAGGUAGCUAUUACCAACUUAAACUCCUGCAAUGGUCGUCCGUUUGUUUUACAAUUACGUUUUACAUCCAAUCAGGAUUCUUCUUCUCAAAAGAGCCCAGGAAAACGAGCAUCUCAAGAAGCAAAUGCACAGCUAAAGUGCCUAUACUUUCCUGUUGUUCAGGGUAAAGAAAGCAUUGAGAAAAUUUUGGAGCAGCUUGAAGCCGAAAGAUGUGGUGUUGCUGAAAAUUUUGAAAGCUUCAGUCAUGUAUCAAUUCGGUGCUUAGGUCGUCUACUUCCAGAUGCUCGAUGGGCGUGGCUUCCUUUUAUGGAGCCUAAAUCAAGGAAGGCUGAUAAGGCCCAAAUAUUUAAAAAAUGCUGCUCAAGGGUGAAAUGCUUCAUUGAAACUGAUGGUGGUUUUUACCCAACCCCAUCGAAGACCGAUUUAAUGCAUCACCAUCCUUGUACUAUUGCCUUAAAGAACUUUGGGAGCAAGAAUUCAGAGAAGGAAAGAGAUGUACAUGUGGAAAUUUACAAAGAUGGGAAGAAACUGUCACUUCAGCAAAUGGAGAAACAAUAUCAAGAGUGGAUUCUCGAGAUGCAUAAUAUUUAUGAUGAAGAGAGUGACUGUGGUGAGGAUGAGCCUGUUAUCAUCAUUAAUCCCUCAAACAAGAAACAGCUGGGGAUUUCUUCAGAUGUUGUCAGGGUUCAUAAAAUGAUAAGGAGGAAGGGUAAAUCCUGGCAGGCGGGACAGAAAAUUAAAGUUUUGAAGGGAGCGUGUUCAGGAUUUUACAAGAACAAUAUCUAUGCUGUGCUAGAAUACAUUCUCUUAGAUGGUUUUAAAGGUGAUGCAGGUGGGGAGUCUCGUAUUAUUUGCAGGCAGAUAGGUACCUCAGAAGAAAAGGGAUGCCUUCUUAUAGAUAAUGAAAAAGGAAAUCCAAGUAUAGAUAUCCGUGAAUCCAAAUCCUUGCCCAUCAAUAUUAUUGAUUCUGGAAAGUGUCUUUCUGUUGAAUCUGCCGAGUGGAGUUUACAACUUGAAAAGCUGCAGCAUAAAAUUCCCUCCUCAAUCGAUAUACUCUGUGCCCGUCAUUGUGAAGAACUUGAAGUUGAAGAGUCGUUGCCUUUCGAUACUCCUGUAUUUGCCGGUCAUGCUGCUCCUGAUGAAGUCAUUGCAGUUGUACGCCCUGCCUCUUUUAGUUCUGAAUUGGUGUCUGAAAAUUUGGAUCAGAAGCAUAUUGCACUGACAGUCCUUGAUAUGGUUCUAGAAAUCAAACUAAAUUCCCAAGAUAAGAAUCUACAAGAAAAUAACCAUAUUUGUUCUAUUCGUACCCCACCUUCAACACGUAAUGGGUUUCGGGGUCUGUAUAUAUUCCCAGUGAAACCCAGACUGAUAUUUGAAAAAGCUGGGGAAUAUACAUUUACUUUUCACAUUGAAGACUCAAACUUUAGGAGGUUUGUUAAAGGCGUAACGGUUAAGGCACUGCCCCAGGUUGAUAGUUGGGGGUUUGUAAGUGAUACACAAUGUGCAAAACUCAGUGUUAGGGUUGGUUCUUUUUUCCCCCCAAUUUCGAUUGCAUGCUAUGAUAAGUAUGGAAACCGCACUUCAUUUUCACAUGUCCCUAAAGUGAUGGCCAAAGUUUUAACAAAAGAGAUUGUCCUGUUUCAAUCUGAAAAGUUAAAUCAAAAUAUUUCAUCCAAAAAUUCAGUUCUCACAGUAGAGAACUUACUGGUUGAAAGUCAUAAUCUGGACUUCAUACGUCCAAGCUACGAAGCUAAACUAAUUUUAUACUCAGAAGAUGAACCCUUUUGCGUAAUCAUUCCCUGCCAAGUUAUUCCAGGAUCAAUACACCAUCUUAUUGCUAAGCCAAAAGAUUUUAUGAAGCAGCUACUUCCAGGAAAUGUUAUUCAAGAUCUUGAACUGGAGGUCUUCGAUGUAUAUGGUAAUCACGUUAAACAAGAUACGGAAAUGUUGUUGGAUAUGGUCGGGUUUUGUUUUCAACAUAAAACAAAGAGAAUACAGGUGGAUAAUCGUGGGUGUAUUGAUCUUAGUGGUCUGUUGAAAGUUUCGACAGGUUAUUCGGAAACUGUGUCACUUUCUGUCUUAUCGAAUGCAAAAACUGUCUUUAGCGAGAAGUCCCAAACUGAGAAAAGGAUGAUAAGAGUUGCAACUGAGAUACCUGAGAAGUGUUUUGCUGGCUCUCAACUGGAAAAUGUUGUGUUUGAAAUUGUCAAAUCUGAUGGUGUUAUCGACGAAACAAUAAACGAUAAUGAGAAGGGUGAUAUGUCCCAUGCUCUAAUAUUGAAGUCUGACUCCACAGAUAUCGACGAUUCUGUGAAAUAUAGCUUUCGUCAUGGCUGCUGCACUGUUCGUGCUAUUCCGCUUCCUCAGAUAGAAGGAAGUUUCUCCUUUCUUGCUGCACAUUCUCGCUACCCGAAGCUUAACAUGACCAUAACGGUGCUUGUAGAGAAAGCUCCUGAAAUUGUGUAUGACAGUAGCCAGCCUCAUUGUACUGAUAAAGAUAAUUUAUUCCUUGAGAAGUCAUCCAAUUUGGAAACUCCAAAACUUCAGCAUGACGAUAGAUCGAUAAUGCUGGUAAAAAGCCCGGAAUCUGCCAAGGGCAUAAAAAACAUAGCUGGAAGCCUUUACAAUGAACAAAAGGAACUUAAGGACAAGAUUGUGGAGUAUGGAACGUACAUUGGAGAGCAUGAAAAAACUAUUGAAAUGCUCCAUAGCCAGCGAGUGGAAUUUGAGCAAAGCCUGGCCAAAAUGCAAGCUUCAUUGGAUGCCAUCUCUGAUGGUGACUCAAGUUAUUCACCAGAUAAGGAGAGAAUGCUGAAAGAGAUUGAAUUAAGUCACACAGCUGCUUCGGUCGUCUGCAAAUUAUCAAGGAACAAGAGAACUUAUGAUUUUUCAAAAGAUAUUAUAGGCGUCGUUGCACUUCUUGGAAAUGUUGAAACCAAUGAACUUGGAAGGAUUUUGGCAGAGUUUCUGGGUGAGGAGCAAAUGCUUGGAGUCGUGUGUAAAUCUCUUAAAGCGGCUUACAAUCUUGAAACAUGUGAUGUAGAUGGAAGUGUGAAGGGUUCCACUGGUCUUCAAGCACUGGCUUCUGAGUACGGUAUAUCUUUGGAUGGUCGUUAUUCUGUUAUCUGUCUUGAAGAUACAAGGCCAUAUCAAGGGGAUUAUGACAGUGGCGAUCCCCAGAGGAUGCUUCUGUUGCCCAAUCCUACAUUGACAAAUGGAAAUUGUCCACCGGGGUUUAUAGGUUAUGCAAUCAAUAUGAUAUAUUUGGAUGCCCAUCAGCUGUACACAAGGACUUGUGGUGGUAAAGGUCUUCGGGAGACCUUGUUCUAUCAUCUUUUAGGCGAGGUCCAAGUCUAUAAAACCAGGGAAAGCAUGAGAAAGGCACUAGAAAAAUCUUGCAUUCAGCACGGUGCAGUUUCAUUGGACGGAGGCAUCAUCAGAGGAAAUGGAGUUAUUUCUCUAGGACGUAGGGAACCCUCUAUCCACUUUCCUGUUGCAUCGAAAAGCCAGUAUCGUCGUUCAGCCAAGACAAAUAACCAGCGCAUCCAACGCCUGAUCGAUGCAAAGAAAUCCAUGUUGAGGACUACAGUUGACAAGCUCGACAAAGAAAACGAAAUGUAUGAGCAGAACAUGAAAAAGUACGAAAAAUACAGAGACAAGUAUACGAAAUUCUUAGAUCAGAAGGGCCCGUUGCUGCGAUAUUUCAAUGAAGUUGCAUCAAACUCUCCCAGCUGACUGUACUGCACCUUCUGUGCUGGUCUUUUGCAGUGAUACUCAAAUUUUUUGGAGCUCAUAGUUAUAAUUCAUGCUUUUCCCAGUUGAAAUCAUGUAUUUUGUACAGAAGAAUAAACUUGAUUGAUGGGUUAAGAUCCAGGUGAUGAGCCAGCUUUUUGCAACUUGCUGCGGUACAUCUAUACUAUACUAUACUAUAAAAAGCCAACAUGGGUAUAAUUUGUAGU